AUGGCCCCACAGAGAGCUGUGCAACUAUCUCUGAAGAAGCCCACUCAUGCUGUGUGUGUGGUAGGAGUGGAGACGUUGGUGGAUGUCUACAGCGAUGUGCCCAAGGGUGCCAACACCUUUGGGGUGUCUGGGAGCUCUGAGGUGAAGAUCUACAUGGUCUAUGAUCCCGCACGGGUGGCGGAGCCCACAGGCCGGGCCCACUGGCCCCUGGAUGCCAAUGUGGAUGUGGUGGUGGCGGCGGACACAGUCAGUAAGGACUUAAAUGACCUCAAGGUGAAGGUGUCAUACUUCGGGUCGCAGGAAGCUGGUGCUCUGGGUCACAGCGUGCUCUACCUCACUAGUGUUGAUGUGUCCCUCGAUGUCGACACAGGCCGCACAGGCAAGGUGACGAAAGGCUCGGGUGACAAGGAAACCUGGCGCUGGGGCUCCGGGGGCUCUGGGGCCAUCCUGUUGGUAAACUGUGACAGAGACGCCCGUGGGUCCAGGGAAGAUCUGCAUGACAGACAUUUGAGGUCACUGGAGGACCUGCAGGACAUGUCCCCAAUGGUCCUGAGCUGCGGUGGCCCUGAUGAGCUCUUUGAAAGCCACAAGCUGGUCUUGAAGGCGUCUUUGCCUGAUUCCAGAAGACUGAGGGUCUUCUGUGCCCGAGGUGGGACCUCCCUCUCCGACUACAAGCAGGUGCUAGGACCCCAUCAUCAGGACUAUGAGGUGGAGCGGCAUCCCGGGGAGAGCGAUAUCCAGUUCUAUGUGGAGGGACUUGCCUUCCCUGACACCAAUUUCUCAGGGUUGGUCUCUCUCAGCGUCAGCCUGGUAGGCACCGAGGGCCUCUUCGAGGUGUCACUGUUCACAGACAGCGUGAGCUUCCGAGUGGCCCCCUGGAUCAUGACCCCCAACACCCAGCCUCCUCUGGAGCUGUAUGUGUGCAGUGUGACAGAUGCCCAUGGCCGCAAUGACAAGUUCCUGGACGCCAUGGCCCACCUGGCCCUGAAGGCCAACUGCAAACUGGUGGUCUGUCCCCGGGUGGAGAAUAACAAUGAUCGCUGGAUCCAGGAUGAGAUGGAGUUUGGCUACAUUGACGCCCCUCACAAAUCCUUCCCUGUGGUCUUUGACUCCCCUCGAAACAGAGGCCUGAGGGAUUUCGCCCUUAAGAAGAUCCUGGGUCCUGACUUCGGAUAUGUGACCCGGGAGAUCCAGUUCGCAGGCGCCUCUGGCCUGGAUUCCUUCGGCAACCUGGAUGUGAGCCCACCGGUGAGGGUGGGCAGCAAAGAGUACCCACUCGGCAGAAUCCUCAUCGGUGGCAGCUUCCCCAAGUCCAGCGGGCGGCGGAUGGCCAGGGUGGUGCGGGACUUCCUGCAGGCCCAGCAGGUGCAGCGCCCCGUGGAACUCUACUCCGACUGGCUGUCUGUGGGCCACAUAGAUGAGUUUCUGAGCUUUGUGCCCACCUCUGACCAAAAGGGCUUCCGGCUGCUCCUGGCCAGCCCCAGUGCCUGUCUCGAGCUGUUCCAGGAGAAGAAGGAGGAGGGCUAUGGGGAGGCAGCACAGUUUGAUGGCCUCAAACAUAAGGCAAAGAGAAGCAUCAACGACAUGUUAGCCGACAGACACCUCAGGAGGGAUAGUAUGCACGUGCAGAAAUGUAUCGACUGGAACCGGGAGGUACUGAAGCAGGAGCUGGGCCUGUCCGAGAGCGACAUCGUGGACAUCCCACAGCUCUUCUUCCUGAAGGGAGCCUAUGCUGAAGCCUUCUUCCCCGACAUGGUCAACAUGGUAGUCCUCGGCAAGUACCUGGGCAUCCCUAAACCCUUUGGGCCCCUCAUCAAUGGCCGCUGCUGCCUGGAGGAGAAGGUCCGCUCCCUGCUGGAGCCGCUGGGCUUACGCUGUGUCUUCAUCGACGACUUCCUGUCUUACCACCAGUUGCUGGGGGAGAUUCAUUGUGGCACUAACGUGCGGAGGAAACCUUUCACCUUUCGCUGGUGGAACUCAGUGCCCUGAGCCUGCCCGGCCACCACCCUUGCUGCCCUUUUAAUGGGAGUGCAAGGGUGAGGGACAUGGACCAGCCUCCAUCCUGCUGGGGCCUGAAAGCAGGCUGGCUACUUCGGUCAGCCGGACUCCAGGGGGACACCGCACUUCUUCGUCUCUGGAGCAGUCUUGCCCAGGGAGACUAUUGUAACUCUUCCCUCUCCUGUUCCCAGCCACAGCUCCCAGAGGGUCAAGGUCGGCAGCUGAGCCUGUUAAAGGCAUGGCCUUCACAGGCACACCCCAUUUUGUUCCCUUGUCUUUGGACACUUCUCUGGAGCCGGAGGAAAAAAUGGCUUUGGGGCUGUGUCAGAAAUGCUCACCAUGCCUGGACCCUGGGGUGAGAGAGCACCAUGGUUCCAUAUGACUCCUGGAUUGUGUAAGAUGAAAAGGAAUAUUUGGGGCAUCCUUUUUCCUAAGGAGACCUCAGGCCAUGGCCUGCAAGCACCCUUCGGCUCUAUGUAGGCAAGCAAAGACUGGUAAUCUGGGUGGCCGGGGGCCUCUUUCAAACAGGAAAGCGAGCAGGCAGGCAAGCCCCUUUAAUGCCCUACUCUAUCCACUCCUUCUCCUCAGGAUGCUUGUUAGUUGUUGGGACGGCCUUUAAUUACGAGACCUGGUGCUUCCGGU